AUGUCAAAGUCUUCAUACAAUGGUAACGAUAAUUUCUCCAAGAAAAGAAAGCAAGAUUUUCAGUAUCCAAUAACCGCAGUUCAAGAAUGUUAUUUACCCACCAAUCAGCAAAAAUCACAAUUGAUAUAUUCACAACAAUCACAGCAACUAAAUGUAGCAUACCAACAAUUUACCCCUAGCGCUUCUAUGUUGAAUCCGGCUACUUGGAAUGAAUAUGUUCGUUCAAAUCCUUCGACACCAACAAAUUCUCCACGUUCCGACACACAACAUAAUAGUGGAUCUCAAAAUGGAGCUUAUAACAUGGAUUAUCUUAUUUCUGACAAUUUACCUGGAAAUAUGGCAUUAUCAACUUCUGACAACAAUUUUGGAUUGGAGAAUUUUUAUGACGCAGUUGAAACCUCGAUUCCAGUUAAUACAACAUCGGAAUUUUCCAACAACUAUGGAUAUGGUGAUAUUACAAACGCGUCCAUUGCUGCUUCUGUUGGUAACUCACCAAUAUCUAGUCCUGAUGUGUGUGGUGAUUCAUUAUGUCACCGUAAUCAGGCCAAUGAUAUUAAUGCAACGGAAAGUCACAUUGAAUCAAGAAAGAACUCUGUUAAUGAUUUGUCAUAUGAGAAUCUUCAUCAACCUUUGGAUGAACUAGCCGCAGCAGCAGCAAUGAUCUCCUGUGGUCGUGAUAAUAAGACGUACACACCAAUAGUAGUUGAUUCAAUAAGUACUACUAAUGCUAAAAAUAAUCGUAAACCCCAUUUAAUGCCUUUGAAUAUUACAACAAAUCCGUCGGACAUGUAUCGCCUUGGUGACAUGUCGGCAGAAUUUGGGUUUGAUUCUCUUGCGAGUUCUCCGUCUCCCGCUGUCACUAUGCCUCCUACACCAGUUUUUUUUGAACCAGGCUUCCUUGACGGCGUUACCAAUCCGACGAUUUCUGAUAGUUUUACUUUCAACCUAAAUCCUGAAUUACCAACCGAUCAAUUGCUUGAAAGCGCUUCUACAAUCCCACGAUCACAUAGUUAUGAUAAUAUGUCAUCGCCUCAGCACGGUUCCGUUUUUACAUCUGAAAAGAUAAUCGACAACCCGCAAACAAUUACUCCAGCUGCUAUUACCAUUACCCCGAAUUUUGCACCGAUGCUUACACAAACCCCGAGCACUCUUGAUUUGGAGACUGAUUAUUUCAGCGUUAAACAACUUUGCCAACAACGUCCUGUUGCUAGAAGUCGUAGAAAUAGUUCAGUUAGUAAUCCACCAAACAUUAAGGCUGAACCACGAACACCUGCUCUUUCGCCACCUGAAUCUCCUGGUACUUCAAUGUCAUCUACUAGUUCCUCACCACCAUCGCCGUCUCCUCCGCACACACCAACUUACAUGCGUAGAGUGUCUAUUUCCCCUACCAUCAUGGAGGAAGAGGAAGAUAUAAUGGCUUCAUCUGCUAACACCAAUAAUCUUGCGCUUGUUGUUUCUAAUUAUGGUACAGAUAUGUCUUCAACUGUCAAUCAGAGACUUUCUCAGAGCGCUACG